AUGGGCGACGACGGCAAGGGUGGCCUCUUCGCCGAGUGCGUCAUCGCUUUCGUACCGAGCAGCUCCCUCGCACCGCGAGAGAUAGCCUCGCUGACGAGCGUGGUCGAAGACAACGGCGCGACAGUAUGCGAGCCCCGACGCCGCGACGGGUCCAUCGCCGUCGAGAAGGCCACGCACAUCAUAUCCAACACGAUAGACUUCCCGCAGUUCACCGAGUCGCAAGCCGUCAUGAUACCCGUCGUGACGACACAGUGGAUCGUGGCAUCGGUGCACCGCCGCAAGCAGGCUAACGUCCGCCCCUUCUCGCCGGACCCCCGCAUGAUCUUCUCCCAGGUCGUGGUGUCUUGCGGCGAUCUGCCGCCCAUGGAUACCGAGAGCAUACUGGGGGCUACCAUGGCCUUGGGUGGGCAGGAGUCCAAGGACGCGAACCGGCUCACCACGCAUAUCUGCACAUUGACCAUGGGUCACGAGAAGAUUAGGGUGGCGAGGGAGAAGGGGUGGAAGGGGAAGAUUGUACUGCCGCACUGGUUCGACGACUGCUUCAAACUUGGCAAGAGAAUAGACGAAGGCCCAUACCUGCUGCCCGACCCGGAAAUUCUCAAAAAGUCUCCAGAUGACGACCUCGACAUCCCCGAGAAUGCCCAUCUCGAUGGCGCGUCAUCGACAAAUCCGCAGUGGCUGCCGCUUCCCCCAGACUCGGAUGUUGAACGGCCACCCGCCACUGUCCUGCAAGGUCGCAAGGUGAUGCUGUCAGCGGAUCUGAGCAUCACGAAGCGCUUCAUGACAGCCAUCUCGGACAUCAUCGCCAACGGGGGCGGCAAGGUGGUCAACGACGUGGACGCGUGCGACAUGUUCAUCUGCCAGUACCGCGACGGUGAGCAGUAUGUGCGGGCAGCGCAGUCGUGCAAGGACGUGGGCAACCUGUCGUGGCUAUACUACCUGAUCGUGCGGAACGAGUGGACGUCCCCGCUCCGGCGGCUGAUGCACUACCCGAUCCCACGCGACGGCAUAGAGGGCUUCCGCGGCAAGCGCAUCACCGUAUCCAACUACGGCGGCGAGGCGCGCAUCUACCUCGAGAACCUCAUCAAGGCGUGCGGCGCCGAGUUCACCAAGACCAUGAGGGCCGACAACACGCAUCUCAUCACGGCCCGCAAUACGAGCGAGAAGUGCCGCGCCGCCCCCGAGUGGGGCAUCGCCGUCAUCAACCACCUCUGGAUCGAGGAGUGCUACGCAAAGUGCGAGAUGAAGCCCUACAACAUCAGCAAGUACAACCACUUCCCUCCCCGCACAAACCUCGGCGAGAUCAUCGGCCAGACCUUCUUCGACGAGUCCCGCCUCCGCGAGCUGUACUACCCCGGCGGGGAGGAGACCCUGUCACCCCGCGCCAAGCGGAAGCGCAAGAUUCUCGAGGCGGCCGAGGGCAACGCCUACAGUCACGGUCCCGCCGAGGGCGUCGUCAUCGGUCGUGUUGGCCAGGGCCAUCGGCAACAAGAGAAGGAGCAGGAGCAGGGCAAUGAGACCGACGGCAACGGCGAUGUUCCCAUGGCCGAUGGCGAUGACGAUGCUGCCGUUCCUGCCCCUGCAGAGGAGAGGAAAAAGGAGGCACCGGCACCGGCGCGACGCAAGUCCAGGACGGUGGCUACGCCCACAAGAGCUGCCGGUAAAGAGAAUGACGCACCCUCGGUCACGUCUACGGGCGGCAGGAGCGCAAAGGCUAAGGCGCGCGAGAUGCUGCAGAACAUCGCCCCGGAUAUUGCCCUGUACGAGAGGGAGAAGAAGCGUCACAGCAAGACGGGAACUUCUCCCUGGGGUGGCAAGCGUGCGCUGGACCUGGUGGAGAAGGAGAAGGGCAGUGCCAAGAAAAAUAAGGCUGCCAAAGAAGACACGGAAGAGGAUGACGGUGAUGGAGAUGAAGAGGAGGAGGAGGGGGGGAUGGCGGAAGAUGUGCCCAAGCGACCUGCCAAGAAGGCACGGACGUCAUUGCCAGAGGUGAAUUACCGUAUCAUCCUGACGGGAUUCAACCGAUGGGUUGGAAACAAGAACAAGGAGAGUCAAGACAGAAAAAAACUCCGAGACAUGGGCAUACUGAUUGUUCGAGAGGGCCAAGCAUGCGACUAUCUUGCGGCGCCGCACAUUGUGCGAACAGUCAAGUUCCUGUCUGCGCUCGCACGAGGGCCGACGGUGAUAUCGUCGACGUUUGUGGAGAAGGCGCUGGAGACGGGCAAGGUCCCGGAGUCGCCCGAGGACUUCGUUCUGAAGGAUCGCGAGGCCGAGAAACGGUAUAACAUCAGCCUGGACAAGUCGGUUCGGCGGGCAAAGGCCAACCGGGGCCGCCUCCUGUGGGGCGUUCCCGUGUACUGCACCGAGAACAUCCGCAACGGGUCGGAAAGCUACAAGGCCAUCGCCGAGGCCAACUCGGCCAUCUUCAAGCUCUACCGGGCUCGCAGCGGGUCGACCAUCAAGCCGACAACGGCCGAGGAGGAUGGGGGUCGGCCACCGGAACCGGUGUAUCUCCUCAGCAACACGAGCGCCGAGGAGAAGAAGAUGUGGCCCCGAUUCAGGGACAUGGCGGAGAAGGGUAAUAUGGAGCCGCGCAUCGUGGCGCCGGACUGGCUGCUCGACGUGGCCAUGGCGCAGCAGGUGAGGUUUGAUGAAAAGUUUUUGGUAGAGAACUUUUUCAAGGAUGAGUGA